CAGCAAUUGAGCGCCAAUCAUUAAUAUGAUCAUCCCAAUUGUAUGGACAGCAUGCACAGCCGUCUCGGCAAACGCUUGGGAAGGCUUAAAUUUCUCUUCGUCAACUCCUACGUUCGCCAUUUUUCGCUUUGCGUUUCACAUUUGUGGUGCCGGUAGACUGAGUUGCGAUGAGGUUGUUUCCAGAGGUAAAAGAGUCUACGCAGGCUAGCCCAAUGGCAGCAGACAGUGAGAGGAAGGUUGCGCCUUUAGAGAACGGGAACGGCGACGUCGAAACAGCAGCAGCCCGGAACACAACAACAACGGAUGUUGACCCCGAGAUCGAGAAGCGCAUGCGACGGAAACUCGACUGGCACCUCAUUCCGCUUCUUUCGGCGUUGUACCUGCUUGCGUUUAUAGAUCGGUCGAAUAUCGGAAAUGCGCGCAUCGCUGGUAUGGAGGAGGACCUGAACCUGAGCAGCUCCCAGUAUGAAUGGCUCCUCACCAUAUUCUACAUCUCGUACAUCUGCUUCGGGUUCGCGUCCAUAAUGUGGAAAGUCGUGCCUCCGCACAUAUGGGCCGCAGUUUGCGUGUUUAGCUGGGGCCUCGUGUCGACGGUACAAUCUGGCGCUCACUCGUGGAGUGCGAUGAUGGCGCUGAGGUUCUUCAUGGGCAUGACUGAGAUCGCGUUUGGCCCGGGUGUUCCCUACCUGCUGUCAUUCUUCUAUCUGCGACAUGAACUGGGUCUGAGGGCGGGCAUGUUCCUGUCUGCUGCUCCACUGGCCAAUUGCUUUGCGGGCGCAUUAGCGUAUGGCAUUACAAGUGAGAGUCCAGCGCUGGCCAAGUGGAGGGUUCUGUUCCUUGUCGAGGGAUUGCCCACCAUAGUCAUGGCUGCUGUGGCUUUCUUCUUCCUCCCUGAUAGCCCUGAAAAGGCGCGCUUCCUGACUGAGGAAGAGAAAGCUGUUGCCAGGGCGCGAGGUGUACAGCAAGCCGGCGCGACGACAAGGAUAGGCGGCAUCAACUGGAAAGAGAUGUUGGAAGGACUGACAGAUCCUAAAGGCCUGAUCCUCGGCUUGAUGUAUUUCUCCGGAAACGUCGCGUUCUCGUCACUCCCGGUUUUCCUGCCAACCAUCCUGACCGAGAUGGGCUUCUCAAGUGUGAGUGCGCAAGGUUUGACAGCACCGCCGUUCUUCUUGUCAUUCCUGACAGUCAUUGCCACCACGUACAUUGCCGACCGUACACAACAACGCGGCAUCACCAUCAUGAUACUCACUGCCAUCGGUGGUGUGGGAUAUGUAAUUCUGGCUACUGCAAAGAGCGUUGCUGCAAGAUACUUUGGCGUGUUCCUGGCCGCUGCGGGCAUCUUCCCAGCCAUCGGGAAUGUCCUGCCCUGGGUCACGAACAACCAAGGCUCAGAUACACGGCGAGGUGCGGGUAUUGUCAUCCUGAACCUAAUCGGGCAAUGCGGACCGUUGUUGGGGACUCGAUUGUAUCCAACGAAGGAGGGACCCUUUUACGUCAAGGGCCAGUCAGUAUGUGCAGCAUUCAUGUUCCUAUUCUGUAUUCUUGCGCUCGGCCUGAGAACGGUGCUUGUGUGGGAGAACAAGAAGCUUGAUCGCAAGUAUGGCACGGUGGCACAGCAGAAGAUAGCAAUGCAGGAGGCGGCCGUUCGAGGUGAAGGAAAGGGCGCGGUUGCGGUUGAGAAUUACGGGCCGUUGUUCAGAUAUGUGUUGUAAUGCCAGUUCACGAUAUAUUGGAAGAAGAAUGUACGUCUCAGCUUGCAGAGGUAGCUGUAGUUGUUUGCUGUUUUUCGUGCCAUGAACACCACUA